UUCGAUGACGCAGACACGGUAGUAGCGAGAUCGGAGAGAAAUUUUCGAAGCGAUGAAUUCCUCGACGGACGAUCCAAACUUCACUACGGUUCAUGAAGACAGUCAAGAACUCUCAAAGCUUCAUCAACAAAACAGUAACAACAAUGUCAAUUCAGUCUUCUCCUCCGUCCCCAGUCGACCUCCAAUCCAAACUUCUUCAGAAAAAUACAAGCCAAUAGAUUGGACAAGUUAUUUUGAUGAAGAGGACGACAUUCAAAUCCCUAAUUCAAAUGAUGUUUUUCACAUAUAUAAAGCAGGGACAAAAGGACCAGUUGUAUUUUGCUUGCAUGGAGGUGGUUAUUCAGGACUUUCUUUUGCACUCGUCACUAGUACCAUUAAACAAAAAGCUAGGGUUGUUGCCAUGGAUCUAAGAGGACAUGGAAAGUCAGCCACAGAAGAUGAGAUUGAUCUAUCUAUUGAGACCCUAUGCAAUGAUGUCCUUGCUGUUUUAAAAGCUCUGUAUGGAGACUCCCCUCCUGCAAUUGUGCUCAUUGGCCACAGCAUGGGAGGUGCAGUUGCAGUUAAUGUUGCUGCGAAGAGGGCAUUACCAAGUUUGUGCGGGCUAGUUGUUGUGGAUGUGGUUGAGGGAACUGCAAUGGCUUCACUUAUGCAUAUGCAGAAUAUACUUUCAAAUAGAGUACAACACUUUGCGACCAUUGAGAAAGCGAUUGAGUGGAGUAUUAAAGGAGGUACAUUGAGAAAUGUGGACUCUGCCAGAGUUUCUAUUCCUGGCACACUGAAGUAUGAUGAAUCAAAAAAUUGUUAUGUUCAUCGAGCCAAGCUGGAAGAAACUGACCAAUAUUGGAGGAGCUGGUAUGAAGGCCUUUCAGAAAAGUUUUUGUCAUGUCCAGUGCCAAAGCUCUUAUUGCUGGCUGGAACCGACAGGAUGGACAGAGCUCUAACCAUUGGUCAAAUGCAAGGAAAGUUCCAAAUCGUGGUUGUUAAAAACACUGGCCAUGCUAUUCAGGAAGAUGUACCUGAGGAAUUCGCCACUCUCGUAAUCAAAUUCAUUUCACGUAAUCGAAUAGGACCCCAUGGUGUUGAGAUUCCUGGAAUCCGAAGACCUUAGCAGGUAUCAUCUUCUUAUUCUACACAUUGAUUUAAUGGAGUUUUAAUUUUCAAUCUUAACUGAUGAUGGUAUACUUUAGCAGCAAAAAUAAACAAAGCUUUUGAAAAAGAAUAUACCAAAUAUAUAAUUUUAUGUAUUGGACUACUCCUUUGUAUUUGAAUCAAUAAUAAUAA